CCGUUACAGGCAACAAUGCAGCGGGCUGGGAGCAUGAUGUCCCGUCUGGGCUCGUGUCUCCAGGCUCUCCCCUCGGCCCUGCGCCGUUCUCUCAGUAGUGCACAGGACGUGCUCCGCAGGACACCACUCUAUGACUUCCACCUGGCCCAUGGCGGGAAGAUGGUGGCAUUCGCAGGCUGGAAUCUGCCUGUGCAGUACCGGGACAGCCACGUUGACUCACACCUGCAUACACGCCGGCACUGCUCGCUCUUUGACGUGUCCCACAUGCUGCAGACCAAGAUAUUUGGCCAUGACCGGGUGAAGCUGAUGGAAAGUCUAGUGGUUGGAGAUAUUGCAGAGCUAAAGCCAAACCAGGGAACACUGUCGCUGUUUACCAAUGAGGCUGGCGGCAUCUUAGAUGACUUGAUUGUGACCAACACCUCUGAGGGACACCUGUAUGUGGUGUCCAAUGCUGGCUGCUGGGAAAAGGACCUGACCCUCAUGCAGGACAAGGUUAGGGAGCUUCAGAACAUGGGCAGCGAUGUGGGCCUGGAGGUGAUGGAUAAUGCCUUGCUAGCCCUGCAAGGCCCCACUGCGGCCCAGGUGCUACAGGCUGGCGUGGCAGAUGAUCUGAGGAAACUGCCCUUCAUGACCAGUGCUGUGAUGGAGGUGUUUGGCGUGUCUGGCUGCCGUGUGACCCGCUGUGGCUACACAGGAGAGGAUGGUGUGGAGAUCUCGGUGCUGGCAGCGGAGGCAGUCCGCCUAGCAACAGCUCUGUUGGAAAACCCAGAGGUGAAGCUGGCAGGGCUGGCAGCCCGGGACAGCCUGCGCCUGGAGGCAGGCCUCUGCCUGUAUGGGAACGACAUUGAUGAACACACCACACCUGUGGAAGGCAACCUCAGUUGGACAUUGGGGAAGCGCCGCCGAGCUGCUAUGGACUUCCCAGGAGCCUCGGUCAUUGUUCCCCAGCUGAAGGGCAAGGUGCAGCGGAGGCGUGUGGGGUUAACAUGUGAGGGGGCUCCUGUGCGGGCGCACAACCCCAUCCUGAGUAUGGAGGGUACCGUGCUUGGUGCUGUGACCAGUGGCUGCCCCUCACCCUGCCUGAAGAAGAAUGUGGCGAUGGGUUAUGUGCCCUAUGAGUACAGUCGGCCAGGUACCCUGCUGCUGGUAGAGGUGCGGCGAAAGCAGCAGAUGGCCAUGGUCAGCAAGAUGCCCUUUGUGCCCACAAACUAUUAUACCCUUAAGUGA